AUGACUUCAUCGAUCUUCUAUAAAUUCAAGAAUUCAAAAGACAGCGAGCGUAUAGUAUUCAACGGCACCGAUUUGAGUGUUUUCGAGCUCAAGAAGGAGAUUAUCAGCGCGAGCGGCCUCGGCGACGGAACCGAUUUCAACCUACACAUCUACCCUCAAGAUGACCCUGCUUCCGAGUACAAGGACGACACUACAUUAAUACCGCGAUCCUCCACCGUCAUAGCGAUUCGCCGCCCAGCGCCUCGCGGACAAGGUCGAGCUGCCAGAUAUGUCAACGGCAAGCCCCCUGUUCGUGCCUUCACUACACAAAGCAAGCCUGUCGCGCCUGCACCUCCCACAAGCAAUGCGACACCAGAAGAUGCUGAGGCCGCGUUCUUGGCUGAGUCAGCGAUGGCCUGGGACGCGCAGAAGGAGGCACUUUCACAUGCAAAACCCGUCUAUCGCAAGAACAACACCAAGAACGUCGUAGUCCCUUCACAUCCUCCCCCUCCAGGCUACGUAUGUCGCCGCUGUAAUAUCAAAGGCCACUGGAUUCAGGCCUGCCCUACGAACGACGACCCCGACUUCAAACCUGUUUUCCAAGCGAAGCGCACCACCGGCAUACCGCAGUCGUUCUUGAAGAAGGUCGAGAAGCCUGUCGACGAAGAGGCUGCAAAGGGCGUCAUGCUCAACGCCGACGGCGAAUACGUACAAGUCAUGACUGACCAGAAGACAUGGGACAAGUUUCAAGAGAAGACAAAUGCAUCACGAGCGCGCGCAGCAAGCGCUGACGCAGCAAGCAAAGAGCUCCGCGAGCGCGGAUUCGAAUGCCCCAUCGACAAUCAAAGAUUUGUCGACCCAGUCAAGACACCUUGUUGUGGUAAGACAUACUGCCGUGAGUGCAUCGACAAUGCGCUGGCAGACGGUGAUCUGAUUUGUCCAAACUGCGCAAAGGAGGAUGUUCUAAUGGAUGAUCUCGUUCCUGAUGACGAUAUGGUCAAGUCUCUCAAGGCAUACGACGCAGAGAAGGCAGCAGAGAAGGAAAAGGCAGCAAAGGCAGCAGUUGCUUCAGAAAAUGAAUCAGUUAAUCAAUCACUUGCUACUGACAACGCAUCUUCUUCUGUCGCAAAUGACGAUACAAAUGCCACCGCUACUGCUACUGCUACUCCAGCAGCGGCGGCGACUGCUGCGGCUGACGAAGUAUCCGAUACUGACUCAACCUCUUCAAAGAAGCGCAAGCAGCCUCCUACAGACAUCAAGCCUCCCACCGCACCGAAAGCCAUGCGCCAAGCGGCCGAUCCCGCCUCGAAGAUGGAGCAGGACUUUAUACAACAGAUGGAGAUGCUCAAGAACGCACCGAUGGGGCCUAUGGGAAUGCCGAUGGGUAUGCCUAUGCCAAUGCAGAUGCCUCAGCAAAUGGGAUUCCAUAACGGUUAUCAGAUGGGCUUCCAGCCGCAACAGCAGCAACAGAUGCCACAACAACAGUGGUUUCCUCAGCAAAAUUUUGGUUACAAUCAACAACAGUUCGGUCAGCAGUACAACCAGCAGCAACAGUACGGAUGGGGUGGACAGGGACAAGGGCAAUGGGGCAACGGGCUAGGGCAGGCACAAGGACAACAAGACCCUAAUGAUGCGUACGACAGGCAACCGGUCAAUCCUCGAGGUCGCAACCGCAGAUCUCGUGCACCAGAUUUCCGAUACCUUUGA